AUGGCCACGCUUCCGACCCUCCCCUACUUCGCGCCACCAGACCGCCUGCCUGCUCCACUGCCCACCGUUGCCGAAAUAAUGGCCGUGACGCCGCCGCCCGAAUUAUUCCCAAGAAAACACCCGGUCGUUCGCGUCGGCAAGCACGUUAUGGUCAAAUACGGGCGGGGGGUGCGCCUCCAGGAAGGCGAAAACAUGCUCUUCGUCCAGCAGUCCUCGAACGUGCCCGUCCCGACCCUCUACGCCCUUUUCCACGACGAAGAGACGGGCAACAACUCCAUUGUGCAGGAGUACAUCCCGGGCCAGAACAUGUUCAGGUACUGGGACACUCUCGAUGCAGACAAACGCUUGAGGACGAUGCAGUAA